UGUAAAAGGCUCAACUCGGGCUGUGCAGGUAUUUUCUCUUCCAAGCUGGUCAGCAACACGUUGCCUGUAGAGCUCCACAGGCCACCCGCAACCUCCCCAUGGAUCUCCUGGGAGCAGCGGCCCUUUUCCUGGUCAUCUGCCUCUCUUGCCUGAUGGUCCUCUCAACAUGGCGGCAGAGGCACCGCAAAAGCCAGAUGCCACCUGGACCAACUCCCCUCCCCUUCAUUGGGAACCUGCUCCAAGUCAACACAAGUGAUAUGUACCGUUCACUCAUGAAGAUCCGUGAGAAAUAUGGUCCUGUCUACACCAUCCACUUAGGGCCCCGCCGCGUUGUGGUCUUGUGUGGAUACGAUGCCGUGAAGGAGGCCCUGGUGGAUCAGGAUGAAGAGUUCAGCGACCGCGGAGAGCAAGCCACGUUUGACUGGCUUUUCCAGGGUUACGGGGUCGGCUUCAGUAACGGGGAACGGGAAAAACAGCUGCGGCGAUUCUCCAUCGUGACGCUGAGGAAUUUUGGGGUGGGAAAGAGAUCCAUCGAACAGCGGAUCCUGGAGGAAGCCCAUUUCCUGCUGGAAUCCCUGAGGGCAACAAAAAGUGCACCCUUUGACCCCACCAACAUCCUGAGCCGCUCAGUGUCUAAUGUCAUCAGCUCCAUCAUCUUUGGCAACCGCUUUGAAUAUAAAGAUAAGGAAUUCCUCUCCUUGCUCACCACUAUGCAGGAAACCUACGAGUUUGUUUCCAGCUCUUGGGGACAGCUCUACGACAUGUUCUCAGGCAUCAUGCGGCACCUGCCUGGCCCACAAGAGAAAACCUUCAAGAAGCUCUUGCUCAUGAAAGAGUUCUUUAUGAGGAAGAUGAAAGCAAACAAGGAGACCCUGGACCCCAACAACCCUCGGGAUUUCAUUGAUUGCUUCCUAGUGAAAAUGCAGCAGCAUCUGUGA